AUGGCAAUAAAAAAGGAAGCUGCGGAAAAAUUCCUGGACUCUAAUCCUGAAUUUGCCAAGCAAUACUUUGAGAAAAAACUGCACCCAGAAGCUGUUGCUCAGCUGAUGGAAGGGUCUGAUGCUGCCAACAUCACAACUUUUCAGGAAGUUGGCCAGGUGCAGGAGAGUGAAAUUCUCUUUGACCUUAUCCGAGACAUGCAGGAGAGCGUAAACAUGGAAAAGGUGGUGUUCAAAAUUUUACGAAGGCUUAGUUUCCUGAUCCAUGCAGAUCGAAUGAGUCUGUUUAUGUACCGGCAAAGGAAUGGUACAGGGGAGCUAGCCACCAGGCUGUUCAACAUUCACAAGGAUGCUGAGUUGGAUGACUGCCUUGUUCAUCCUGAACACGAGAUUGUUUUUCCACUGGACGUAGGCAUUGUAGGAAGUGUUGCACAGUCCAAGAAAACUAUAAAUGUCCGGAAUAUCGGUGAGUCCAGUACUUACUGCUCAUUUGUGGAUGAACUGACUGAAUACAAAACGAAGAGUGUACUCGCUACCCCCAUAAUGAAUGGUAAAGACGUUGUCGCUGUGAUCAUGGCAACCAAUAAGACAGAUGGAACUUAUUUUACUGAAGAAGAUGAAGAUCUUUUCUUGAAAUAUCUCAACUUUGCCACUUUGAACCUCAAAAUCUACCAACUGACCUACCUUCAUGGCUGUGAAACAAGAAGAGGCCAGGUUCUUUUAUGGUCAGCAAACAAAGUAUUUGAAGAACUGACAGAUAUUGAGCGACAGUUUCACAAGGCUUUUUACACAGUCAGAGCCUACCUGAACUGUGAGAGAUACUCAGUAGCACUCCUGGACAUGACGAAGGAGAAGGAAUUUUUUGACUUGUGGCCUAUACAGAUGGGAGAAGUCCCUCCUUACGAAGGUCCUAAAACACCUGAUGGCAGAGAAAUAAUCUUUCACAAAAUCAUUGACUACUUUCUACAUGGAAAGGAGGAGAUUAAAGUCAUUCCGACUCCACCUGCUGAUCACUGGGCCUUGGUCAGUGGACUACCAACCUAUGUUGCAGAAACUGGCUUGAUCUGCAAUAUCAUGAAUGCAGCCGCAGACGAGACAUUUACCUUCCAGACAGAACCCUUGGAUAACUUUGGAUGGACUAUCAAAAAUGUCCUUUCGAUGCCAAUAGUAAACAAGAAGGAAGAGAUUGUUGGAAUUGCCACGUUUUACAACCGGAAAGAUGGAAAACCUUUUGACGAAAUGGAUGAAGUUCUUAUGGAAUCCUUGACCCAGUUCCUAGGCUGGUCUGUUCUCAAUACAGAUACAUAUGAUAAAAUGAACAAGCUCGAAAACCGGAAAGAUAUCGCUCAGGGAAUGGUGUUAUAUCAUGUGAAAUGCAGCAAGGAUGAAAUUCAAAAUAUACUGCCAACAAGGGAAGUUUUCGGAAAAGAACCAGGUGAUUGUGAAGAGGAAGAAUUACAGGAAAUAUUGAGUGGGAAACUCCCACGUGCUGAGGACUUUAACCUUUAUGAAUUCAGCUUUAGUGAUUUGGAGCACACUGAGAUGGAUCUUGUGAGGUGUGGCAUUCAGAUGUAUUAUGAGUUAAAAGUUGUGAACAAGUUCCAUAUUCCACGUGAGGUGCUAGUCAGAUUUAUCUACUCGUUAAGUAAAGGAUACCGAAAAAUAACCUACCACAACUGGCGUCAUGGAUUCAAUGUUGGACAGACCAUGUUCACUCUUUUGAUGACGGGACAGUUGAAACGCUAUUACACAGACCUGGAAAGAAUGGCCAUGCUAACUGCAGGCCUCUGUCACGAUAUUGAUCAUAGAGGGACCAACAACUUGUAUCAAUUGAAAUCCCAGCACCCACUGGCAAAACUGCAUGGCUCUUCAAUUAUGGAACGUCAUCACUUGGAGUUCAGCAAGACUUUACUUGCCGAUGAGGGUUUGAACAUUUUCCAGAACUUGAACAGGAGGCAGUACGAGCAUGUCUUUCAUCUGAUGGAUAUUGCUAUCAUUGCCACAGACUUGGCACUCUACUUUAAAAAGAGAACAAUGUUUCAAAAAAUUGUCGACCUGUCAAAAACCUAUGAGGAUGAGUCGGCAUGGGUGGAAUAUAUGUCACUGGAGACGACCAAGAAAGAGAUUGUCAUGGCCAUGAUGAUGACAGGCUGUGACUUGUCUGCCAUUGCUAAACCCUGGGAGGUUCAGAGCAAGGUGGCUCUGUUAGUAGCAGCUGAAUUCUGGGAACAGGGUGACUUGGAAAGAACUGUUUUAGAACAGAAUCCCAUUCCCAUGAUGGACAGGAACAAAGCUGAUGAACUCCCCAAGCUUCAAGUUGGCUUCAUCGACUUUGUAUGCACAUUUGUCUACAAGGAAUUCUCUCGCUUUCAUGAGGCUAUCACACCGAUGCUUGAUGGUAUACUCAACAACAGAAAAGAAUGGAAGCAACUCGCCGAUGAACAUGAAGAGAAGGUGAAGGCUUUGGAAGAAGCAAAGCAGAAGCAGCAAGAAGAGUUAGAAGCUAAGAAAGCAAAUGCUGCCACUGAUCCCACAGAGAAGGCUCAGUCCAAAACUUGCUGUGUGUGUUAAACUUUGUGGUCCCUGGGCUGCCUCGUUCUCUUCAGCACUCACAACGACAGGAGACUGCACAAACUGUACAGGAGCACUGACUGAAGCAGGCAGCAGAAAUCAAGAGGAUGACAUGAUGUUGUAACCAUUGGAACCAUGCUUGGAAUCCACUAGUGUUUGAAAGGUAGACCUUGGACAGGAUGACGACAGCCUGUACCGAAGGGGUGCACUAUUAUAGUGCUGUGUGUGGUACUUGCACUUUAAAUCCUCUGUAAAUAAUACUAAUUUAAACCAAAUAAUUGUGGAAAAUUACUUGAGUCUGUGGUGCUGAUAAAAUGGUGGAGCAGAAAUUCAUCUUCCGUAGCACAGGUUGUGGUGGCCUAUUGGCUGCCUGUUAAACAUCCCUUUUCAAUAUUCAGAUCCCUUGGCAUCAAUGGAGCUGAAUUUCAGAUGGGACCAAUGUAAUGAUGCCCUAUGUGUAGUGCUGUGCAAGACCAAUUUCUGCCCAGUGUUUCA